AUGCCAUCAAUGACAACACAGAAACUCAACAGUGGUGUUCUGGGGAAGCAGACAGGUGUGCGACAACAACGGUCGACAUCAGGCAACAAUGAAGCUGGGAAAGAGAACAAAGAGGCGCGAUGGAGUGCUCAUAUGGAGUGUGGUCUGGCAGACGGCAGGGUUCACCCACCAAUCGAUAAUUCACAACGUCAUAUUACGCGUCCGCACCAGAGCAUCGAACCCGCGCAAGUGAUUAUUCUCGUGCACACUGAUUCGCUUCAAUGUCGAGGCCGCGGCGGCAUUCAGCGCAUCUAUGACACCAGGUCGCGUCGCGCCAGAACCACCCAACAAUGGAAGGUGCUGUCACUCCACUGA